AUGGAAGUCUACAACUGGGCACGCGAACUCCUGGAAGAUGUUCCAGGCGGAAAUCUCAAGUGGCUGAUUCUUGCAACUGGCGUUGGAUAUCUGGCUUAUCGAAUUCUCUGGUGGGGCUACGUCCAGAUCCAACUCCCCCCUGGUCCGAUCGGCUGGCCUUGGUUGGGCUACACUCGUUGUCUGGGUAGUGACGCCUUCAAGGAAGUACAGCUGCUCCACCGCAAAUACGGUCCAGUUGUGAGUUUCAGGCUCUGUGGAAAGCUUGUGAUCGUUCUCAAUGACGAAGAUAGCAUUAAAGAGGCGGCCUUGAGACAACGCGCGCUCAUCGGACGACACACAAUGCUAACCAAUCACCUUCUUGCAAAGGGCUUCGGCAUAUCCAAUUACGAUGGUGAGAAUGCAACCUUCUUGAGACGAAUCUUCAUCCGCGGUCUUCACCUUGUCAUGCCAGGAAGGACCUGCGAUAGACUAGGCCGAUCGCCACCAGUCUCCGAUGAUCCUCUUAACGCGUCCACAGAUCGGGCAGAUUUACUCACCGAAAAAAAGUUGGCGGCUGAGUGCUCAAAACUAGUCGACUUCCUGCACCGACAAAAUGGCGAACCAGUUGAGAUUAAUUCCGUCUUCAGACACCUCGUGUGGAACGUGGUUUGGGUGGCCGGUUUCGGAACAGACUGUCCCCUUGAUGACAACACAAUCACGGAACUAAUUCACUGUGUGGCUGAAAACAAUUCAGUUAAUGGACCUUUUCAGUUUAAACAGAUGCUUCCAAACAUCUGGUACUACGUGCUCUUGCAUUCUAGACUGGCACGUAGGAUGCUGGGGGUGGACGAGAUAUGGAACAGGUAUGAACGUGUCACGUCGAUUCUGAGUCAUGCCGUGCAGACAGUUAUCGCAAAUCCCAAUCGAUCGAAAGGGUGUCUCAUCUCUCAACUCCUCGACGGUGGCGGAGGCAACGUUUCAUUGCAAGACGUGAAUCGAUUGGCUUUCGAGUUGAUGGCAGCCGGUGUGGACACGACGACGCUAACGCUUGUCUGGAGCUGCUACGCGAUCGCAAGUGGAAAAUUGGAGGUGUCAGACGGCGACGCCUUCGGUGAAUCCCAUCUAGAGGUUGUGCAUCGCCUCGCCAGUGUAGUACCCAUGGCUCUGCCGCACUACGCCCGCUUCGACAGUCGUAUCCAUGGCUACUACGUGCCGAAAGGCAGUGCCGUCUUCUUUAACGUCUUUGCCGUUCAUCAAGCCCAGCUGCAGGCUUUGGCUGCGAAACGCGGAUGUCCACACGCGCAAAAUGGAAUUUCGAGGCCAAAGACGCUUCUCUGCGAGUCGGCGAUACCUUUUUCGUUGGGUCCUCGUGCGUGUCCGGGAUUCAUGUUUGCAACGCGCGUUAUCACCAGGGUGAUGAGCCACAUUGUCGAGCAAUUUCGAAUUGAGGAAUGCAGCGAUGCCUCGGAUACGGCAAACUGUCAGACUGGUGGCCUCACCCGACCCCCAGUUGCCCAAUGUUAUCGAUUUAUUGCGCGAAAAGACAUAAACCUCCGGGCCCAGCAGUAA